AUGCACUGCAAAAAAUAUGCUGCUGUGGCAGUGAACGGGCGCGGGCGACGCGCAGAUGUGACACUAUCCGCAGCGCUGCAUGUCCAAGGCCCAGUAGUGACGCGCCCGCGGGGGGCAGAGGCUUCUGCCAACGGUCUGGUAUUCAGCGCAGGACGAGCACCAAGGCGCAUCCUGCGCGCCUCGCCGGCGUUUCCAAGCGAUGUGUCGUCCCGCUCUGCAACCUCCGCACGUGCCGCCAAGCCGCGUCGCUGCGCUUUUCCGCUGGGGAAGAUUCUCCCCGUGGCAGCAACGCAGCUAGCUGCGCAGAAGGGCACUGCGCUCCGCUGCGGCCGUUUGUGUGUGCGGCACAAUCCCAGAGCGCUCCCUGCACGAACCUGCGCCCGGCCAACACACAUUCGCCGCGCAGGUCUCGCAACCCCCCACGCCCGAUUCACAGUCCACGCAUCCAUUCGAGACGGUGGCGCAACACCAAAUUCUGCGGAAGACGCUGGAAAUCGGGAAAAAGUGAACAGUUUUCCGCUUUCGGACACCUUGGCCACCCAAGUGCUGGAAUGUAUGGGUGCACAGCAGUCACGUCUAAAGCCGUCGCAAAAAUACAGUCACGUGCUGAUGGCGUGUCGCCGUUUGUGA